UCAUGCACCACCACCACCACCACCUUGUCUUUCUUUUUAGCUCUCAUUUCCUUUUGCUCUUUUUGUCCUGCAUUAAUGGCUUCCUCUCUGUGCUCUCUUCUGUCCCUUUUUGCCACUUUGCUUCUCGUGCAAACUCUGCGGCCGGCAGAGGCUCAAACAAGUAGCGACUCUUUCGUUCAUUCUCGGGCAGCUUAUUAUCCAAAUUCUGACCAACAAGGAACAGAUUCCGGCGCGUGUGGGUUCGGUUCCUUUGGAGCUACAAUUAAUGGUGGCGACGUAUCAGCUGCUUCUGACCUUUACCGAAAUGGUGUUGGCUGUGGCGCAUGCUACCAGGUAAGGUGCACCAACGCAGCCUACUGCUCAGACAAAGGAGUAACCGUAGUUAUAACCGACCAAGGCUCAAGUGAUCGGACUGACUUUAUUUUGAGUAAACGAGCCUUUGGUCGGAUGGCACAGACUACUGAUGCAGCUGCUUCUCUUUUUAAUCUUGGUGCCGUUGAUAUCGAGUAUAGACGUGUCUCAUGCAGCUACCCGAGUAAAAACAUAACAUUCAAGAUAGAUGAGAACAGCAACUACCCUCAUUAUUUGGCUUUCGUCAUUUGGUAUCAACAAGGCAACAAAGAUAUCACUGCCGUCCAGCUCUGCGAGACCCAGAACAUGGGGUGCAAGCUAUUGGAUCGUAGCCAUGGAGCAGUAUGGACAACUACAUCACCCCCAAGCGGGCCUUUGUCCAUAAGAAUGCUGUUCAGUGAUGGGGAAGAUGAGUCAUGGGUGGUUCCUGUCAACAACAUAUCCCAAGACUGGAAAGCUGGAGAAACAUAUGACUCGGGAGUACAAGUGAAUAUAUAGAUCGAGAACUACCUUAAAUUAAUUAAUGUCACAAUAUAUUCUUCUGUCAUAUAUAUAUAUAUAUAUAGAGAGAGAGAGAGAGAGAGAGAGAGAGAGUUAUAUUAUAUUUCUGAAAUAAAUUUCCACUGUAUUCUAUAUAUCGUAUGUAGUUGAUACGAUAUGUUCUGCAAUAAAUUAAUUGUUUUAUUAUUUAUUUGGAGAUGAGAGAAUUAGGAGAAUUCUUGAAUGUAAUCAUUACCUUGUUGACUAAUAAAAUUCAAGGUGAUCGACUUGACCUCCUUCAAUUCCA